GCUCUUAUAGCUACUCUAGGCAUGGGAAACAGUAGUUGCUGAACUAAAGUGAGAAGUCGGAUCGGCUGACUGGAAAAGGAGCCAGAUAGGCCUUUUACAGUGGAGGAAAGAAAACUGAGACAUGGUAAGACCAAGGCUCAGAGAGAGUAUAUACUCCUAGAGGGAAAGCAAAGGCUUGAGCUCUUACUUGAGAGUAAUAUUGAAACCCAAUCAGGAGCAAGUGAGGGGGGAAAUAGUUCAAGAAGUAUUGGUGGAACUUUGAGAUCAAUUAAGCGAAGAAGUGCCCGAAGUCAAUCAAGAUUAGCUUUGGAGCAGAUGCUCUAUACUCACAAUGAAACUGUUUAUUCACAUAUCAAUGAACUACAAAAUGAAAGUGGAAUUAGUGUAAACGAUAAAAAGCCUGAGGAAUAUGAUUGGUUUGAAAAUAUGGGAGCCUUGGAUUCGAAAUACCUUAACAGUUAUGAAGAAGGAAAAACCAUCGAUUCACAGUACAUUUUAGACUUCUAUCAUAUGAUGAAGAACAACUUUGAGACUGAGAAGUGGGAGAUUCGAUGUGACAGCCCAGAGGCAAAAUGAUGGAGCUCUCCAAAAGGGUCACCAUUUACUAAAGAUCAUCUCUGUGUUCAUAUCGAAGGAUGAAUAGGAAGCAAAUAUCCUUAUGAAAUGAUUAUUGAUGCAGUACAGAAUACUAAAUCUCGGCUAAAAUGGGACAAGAAUGUCGAUUCAACGAUAUUUUUGGAAAGGAUUGCCAAAAAUGUAUAUAUAAGAAGGACCAAAACCAGAAAGAUAGCUAUUGUGAGCCCACGUGAUGUAUUAGAGAAAUAAGAUAGUUUUGAAAGUUAAAAAUAACAAAAGUGGAAGUGUUGACACCUAUGUGUACAGCAGCUCAGUUCCUGAUUCAUUCUAUAAGAAAGAGAAAGGAGUUGUCAGAGCAACUAAUAUCUUCUUUGUAUUGAAAAUAACACAGUUGAAAGAUGGAAGAACGAAGUAUACAAGUUAUGCCCAAGCAGACCCUAAUUUCUUCUUCAACGUCAUGCCGAUUUUCAAAGCUCUUUGUGGAACUAAGAUUAAAGAGUGGUAUGAAAGCCUUAUUGGGUUCUUAGACUCUCAACUCGAGAGUAAAAAAUCAGAAAACUAAUGAUUUAGAUGACUCCAUAUUCAUAAAAAAUUGUUUUGAAUAUU